AUGGUGAUGUUCGAGAAGGCGGAGCAGGAGUACAAGGAUCUGCUCUCACGCCGCGACAUCAUCUUAAACGACAAGAGCAAGAUCGAGAAGGUUAUCAAGGACCUGGACGAGAAGAAGAGCGAAACUCUCCGACGCACGUGGAAGAAAGUCAACAAGGACUUCGACUCCAUCUUCGGCACCCUGCUGCCGAACGCCGGCGCGAAGCUUGAGCCUCCUCAGGGCAUGGACGAGACAGAAGGUCUCGAGAUCAAGGUGUCCUUCCACGGCGUGUGGAAGCAGUCCCUGACUGAAUUGAGCGGUGGUCAGCGUUCCCUGUUGGCCCUGUCGCUGGUGUUGGCCCUGCUGCUGUUCAAGCCGGCUCCGAUGUACAUCCUGGACGAGAUCGACUCUGCUUUGGACUUGAGCCACACGCAGAACAUCGGCCACAUGAUCCGGACGCAUUUCCCGCAUUCCCAGUUCAUCGUCGUCUCUCUGAAAGAGGGCAUGUUCAACCAUGCCAACGUCCUCUUCCGUACCAGGUUCAUCGAUGGCACCUCCACAGUGACGAGGUAUGCCAUCCGCGACGAAGAUGACCGUGUGGAGAUGCCGGCCAAGAAGAAAGCCCGAACCGAGGCGACAGCCAAGUAA